AUGCGUCAUGUCAUCCGUGGAAUACAAAUCUUCAUCUCCUAUUCUAAUUUUCUACUUUUCUUCAAUUUGAUUACUUGCGUAACUCAAAUCUAUGUAACAUCACAGGUUGGCGAUGUCAUCGGACGAUUCGAGAAGAAAGGUUUCUACCUGAAAGGGUUGAAGCUUAUAACCGUGGAGCGGUCCUUCGCUGAGAAGCACUACGAGGAUUUAUCAGCGAAGCCCUUUUUCGCUGGUUUGGUGGAGUACAUCAUAUCUGGCCCUGUGGUGGCCAUGGUUUGGGAGGGUAAGAAUGUUGUUGUGACUGGUCGGAAGAUGAUUGGGGCUACCAAUCCUUCUAACUCGGAACCCGGGACCAUUCGCGGUGAUUAUGCAAUUGAAGUUGGGAGGAAUGUUAUUCAUGGAAGUGAUUCAGUUGAGAGUGCUAGGAAAGAGAUUGCUUUGUGGUUCCCUGAAGGUCUGUCUAACUGGCAGAGCAACCUUCACCCCUGGAUCUACGAGUAAGGCUGAUGCUAUCCAUUCUGGCUUUGGGCUCCUGGAGCUUAUAUUUUGUUUACUAAAUGGAGCUUUUGAGUUUUUGGGUCUUGUUGUGUUUGAAGCUUUUUUUUUUGUUGGCCUGUUUGGUUCGCACUUUCUAUAUCAAAGCUUUUAAAGCUGUGAGAGUAUUAUUUAUGUAUGAGUUUGAUGUAAUAACUUAAAUAUCAUUUCUAUUUAAUAUCGCUUUCCUUACA